CUUGCGUUGGAAACGCACGAAAGAAAACAGCAUCUAAAUAUAAAAGCUCAACUUAAGGAAUGUCCAAUUUGUCAGAAGAAAUUCGAUGCGGAUUAUAUAAGAAAACAUAUCGACACUGUACACAGUAACGAGCGAAAUUUUCAUUGCGACAUAUGUGGUGAUUCAUAUAAGAGCAAACCUCAACUUAAGCGCCACAUGUUAUUACAUACGAAGGAACGCAAAGUUCCAUGCACUGUAUGUGAUAAGACAUUUGUCGAUAAAAGUGAACUUAAGGUACAUAUGCGAGUUCAUACAGGCGAAUUACCAUAUGCCUGCCAUUUAUGUGAUCGUCGAUUCAGAAUUAAAGUCCGUCUCACAUACCAUUUGCAAAAACAUGCUAAUAUUAAGCGAAUAUGUAAUGUAUGCGGCAAAGAGUUCAAAACUGGCACAUCGUUAAGAAAACAUUCAUUUGAACAUACUGGCUUAAUGCCAUAUAAAUGCAAUAUUUGCAAUUAUGGAAGCGUGAAGCGUGAAUAUUUUAUUACACAUAUGCAACGCAAGCACGACAAAACUAUGACGGCAGAUGAAUUAUAUGUAAUGUUCAAAGUAAAUACUGGCCGAACUCCAUACGUUAAGCCCGUCGACGACAUAGAAACAGCGAAGAAAGCACAUCCGGAAUACUUUGAGAGUAAUAAGUUAUAAAAAAUUUUAAUUCCUAAAAGUUAAAGUGGAUACAUUCUUAGGAUCGUUUACAGUCAACUGCUUAUACAUAUCAAUUAAACGGUUCGUUGUUUAA